ACAACCUAAUCACUUUCCCUCACAACCCCCACAAUCUCUAGAAUCCAAAACUCUUAUAUACUCACAACAGAUCCAACAUCACUUAGCUCUUCUAAUCUUCUGAUCUCUACACCUUUUCAACGUUUGCACUGCUAUCGCAUCAAUCCUUUUCAUCCCAUCCUGAUUUACCACGUCUAAAAUUUCAGAAUGGUGAAGAACCGCCCCCGCCCCCCGGUGGGCUCGCUAGGCUCCAUGGCGUCGCGCGUUCGCGAUCAGAAAGCUGCCUCUACUACGCGUUCUAGUAUCGUCCAAAAUGGCACCAAGGCCCAGAAGUUCGCCAAGGACGCCAGUAGCGACAGUGGAAGUGAUGACACCAGCUCGGAUGAUAGCGACGGAAGCAGUAGUGGAAGUGACGUGGAUGUUGAAGCUGCUAGAAAGAAGUUAGCCGCCAAGCAAGCAAGCAAACGCAAGGCACCUGAACCCAAAGUAAACGGCGCGAAGUCACAGCCCAAUAAAUCUACCUCCAACGCGAAGACCUCUACCUCCUCUAAAGUCGCAGCUACCAAAUCCGACUCCGACUCCGACUCCGACUCCGAUUCCGACUCCGAAUCUGACAGCUCAGACUUCAGUGAUGUCUCAUUGCCAAAGGAUAUCGCGUAUUUUAGGAACAGACCCAAAGAUGACGACGAUAGCUCAUCAGAUAGCGAUUCCGAUAGCGCAAGCUCUAGCGAGGAUGAGGAUGAGGCUGAGAAGCCCAGUGCACAACUGGCCGCUAAAGCCGAGUCAUCAAGUGAGGAGACUAGCGACAGUGAAUCUCCAGACGAAAACGAUAAAUCUAGCCGAAAUAACGUCGAUAGCAUGGACAUUGACGAUGAAGAGACUGCGGUCUCGAAGGUGAAUGGUGACACUACUGUUCAGAGCUCAAGCUCUCAAGUCUCUCGCCCUGGUUGGCUUAACAAUUCCAAUUUUGUGCUUCGCAAGGCUUCAUCCGACAACCCUGCCAAGGAAGUCACAGAAUUUUUUAACAAGACCAACCUAGAGGGCAAGCAGGUGUGGUAUUUCACGGCACCAGCUUCUCUGCCCAUAACCGUGCUAAAGGACAUGGAGAUUGAUCUGACCAAGGCAGCAAUGGGUGAUACUUUGCUAAGCUACAAGGGUGAUGACUACAGUGUAGAGCUCGAAGCGCAUGCCACUAAUACUCAGAUCCAGCUGCUUAUCCCAUCUCAGGGUGGCGACAACUAUACAUCUCUGAAUCGCGGGAUUGAUUCCACUGUGCAUCUCCGACGGAUUGCUAAAUUCGGUCCCGGUGGCACGGUCAAGGCUACUGCCACCGAUGAUUACACACCGGUUCCAAAACCGAUUCGAGAGCAGCCACAUGGUCUAAGACCUCGGUUCACCCCCUUUGGUGUCCGAAAUCCUACACCACCACCACCUUCAUCCAAGGCCCAAUCUUCGAAAUCUCAAUCAGCUGCAGCUAAAAAGACUGCCGAUUCGUCAGAAUCAGAGAGUGCGUCUGAAGGCUCUUCGGAUGAAGAGUCGUCUAAACCACAACCAACCGCCUCGUCCUCCAAGAAGGCGAAUAAACCUAAAGGUGCGAAUGGACAGCUCAAGCGAAAGCAUUCUGGCGACGAUCAGUCUACCCUAGCGCAGGAAACCAAGUCGACCGAGAAGAAGGCUGCCAAGAAGCCAAAGACUACAAAGUCUGCUCCUGUCAAGGAGACUCCUGUACAGGUCCCAAGUAGGGCGCUUCCGGCUUCAACACCUGUUGAAACUCCUUCGAAGGCGAAUACAUCGACCAAGGGGAAGUCGAAGGAGAAGCCGAAAAAGGAAUACAAGCUCCCAGCAACGACGAAACAGACCCCGAUUCCGCCGCCUACCGUCCCUAGUAUGAAACGAUGAAUUGGCGACGUUAUCUAGGGCUGGCUUCAUUUUUUGUUGCCCCUGGUACUA